GGUUAACACUUUAUACCUUAUCGGUGUCACAGGUAACUGAAGCAUGGCAUCACGAGCAAAGAUGAAUAAUUUGGCGAAUGACUGUCUGUGUGUACCAGAUCGAUAACAAAAGUUGCUGUUGGCGAUGCAGUUAUUUCUUCAUAUGAUUUCGAUCCUUUCUUUAAUGGUAACAUCCAUGACUCAACUCUGAAUCAGAAGCAAAUCACGGAUGAAAUUAUUUCAUUGAAUCGGCUAUUUACGUGAAGCCGAUUCCUUUACACCCAGGCAGGGUAGUUUGGAAGGUGGAACCAUGGAAUUCAGAAGUCAGAAGCAAGAAGAUAAUCCGUGGGCUACUGAUUUCCAUAACUCAGACUCUGCUUCCCUGAGAUCUAUGGAUGAAACUGCUGAUUUCUUGAAAGGAAUGGACAGUCGACUUUACAGGGCUUCUGUGGUGGGGAAUGUGCAUACUCUUAACCAGUUGAUUAGGGCUGAGCUUGAUGUUCUUCGCGAGGUUACCCCUCUUGGGAAUUCUGCAUUACAUAUAGCAGUUUCUCGUGGUAAUAUCCGAUUCAGUGAGAAAUUGUUACAAUUGGCUGAGCGAAAGUCGGUAGCAGGGCCCGAAUUUCUUAGGGCAAAGAAUUCAGAUGGAAAUACUGCUGUGCACUUGGCUGCCUUCCACGGCCAUGACAAAGUUGUGCAAUUAUUGCUUUUACAAAUCGAGCGAGAUAUAGAGGCUGGUGAUAUUUUGAGCGCUGCAAAUUGGGAGGGAAAUACUGCUCUCCAUGAAGCUGCAAAGGGGGGAAAGGAUAAGGUUGUGGAAGUAUUAUUGAAACAUGAUCAUAAUGGCGGUCUUGUCGGUGCUUUAAAUGAUGCCGGUGAAACGGCCCUGUUUACAGCUUGUGAGGGCGGUUAUUGUAAUAUUGUUGAGAAAUUGUUGCCUCUCAUGGCUUCCGACACCGAAAUUAAAAGAUCCGACGGCCGAACACCACUCCAUUCUGCCGUCUUCCACAGACAUACAGGUGUAGUUAUGAAGCUUGUAGAACAGAGGCCUGAAAUGGUGAAGCAAGCCGAUGAAUUUGGAAGAACAGCCCUGCACAUGGCGGCAUUAUCUCCACCGCUUUCUACUUUUCAGGCCGGUCUGUCAUCUUAUCAUUUCACUGUAAAGAUUGGAGAAUUGCUUUUGCAAAAGGACAAUUCCUUGUGUUACAGAGAGGACAAGGAAAAACGGUCUCCGCUCCACAUAGCAGUGAAAGAGGGGAAGUAUGAUCUUGUAAAGAUUAUUUUAAAAUACGCCAGAGACUGUAGAGAACUGGUCGACGGCAAUGGCAGAAAACCUCUCCACUUAGCUGUCAUCAGUGCGGUCCGGAUUUCUGAGGAAUCCAAUUUCGCUGUAUUAUUUCAAUUCAAAAACAUGUUGUUAUCCCUAAUGUCGAAGAGAUCCCUCAAUCAUUGCGACGACAGUGGACACACUGCACUGCAAAUUGCGAUGAGGAAUUUCGACACAGAUCCAACACUUUUCAGCAGUAUCAAAGAAGUUCUUCAAAUAAAUGGAGCUGUGGUGACUCCAGAGAUGCUGGAAGAUGCAAGAUGGAUAAGGAAAGCAACUACUAAAUUAGUGUUCAAAGGCCAAGGAAUUUCUAUAAAUGCAGUGCUGAUCGCCACAGUGUCCUUUGCAGCAGCCUUCACUUUACCAGGAGGACUGGACUUAAAUUCAGGAGGCAAACCAACAGCUGUAUUCAUCGAUUCUUUUCUCUUCAAACUGUUUGUAAUUUGCGAUGUGUUCUCGUUUUGUACUUCCAUUGCAUCAGCCAUUCUUGCAGGUGUGAGUAGAAAUCCAGUAGAGACUUUAUACUGUAUUUAUCUAUUAUGGUCUGCACUCAUAUCCCUACUGGUAGCAUUUGGAACAGCCAUACACCUGGUCAUUCAAUCAUCUGGAUGGUUAACAGUGAUGGUUUGGCUUAUGCUUUCAUUUGUUCCCAUUACCAUUUUCGUAAUUAGUUUUCAAUCCAAACAAUUCAUUUUUGGGCCAGAAAGAUACAAGAUUUGGUUUGUACUGCUAUUUCCAGCGGCCUUCGUUAUGGCUAUAUGUUAUGUCAUAUCGGAGAUACUAUAUAUAUUCUUGCUCUCCCGCCUGUUUCUCGGUGUACUCCGCUGGGUAAAGAAGAAGACACCUUCUGAAUCUUCUUCCCAAAGACAUUAAUUGACCUCCAGUUAUCAAUUAUAGAAAUAUUGUUUCCUUCAAUGGCA